AUAAUAUUUACAUGCAUAUAUUAUAUAGUCUAAAACUAUAUGGGUAGUCAUAUAUAUUUACAAGAAUCUACGGAGUGGCAGAUAAGUCGAUCAAUAUAGCACAUGCAUGAUAUGCAGAAUAGAUUAAUAAUAAUAAUAAUAAUAAUCUUCCUAUCAAUUCGUCUCCCUUGUUAUAAUAACCCGAAUUCGUAUAUAACAUAAGCAAACUAUCAAACGAAAACUAAAAAAAUAAAGGAAGAGGAGAAAAAAAAAGAUAUGAAAGUAACAAAAAAGCGUAAGAUAAUAUUCAUCCCUUACCCGGCGCAAGGCCACGUCACUCCGAUGCUCCACCUCGCAUCAGCCUUCCUCAGCCGUGGAUUCUCCCCUGUCGUUAUGACUCCCGAGUCUAUCCACCGUCGGAUCUCAACUACUAACGAGGAUCUUGGGAUCACGUUCUUGCCCUUAUAUGACGGUCAAGAUCGUCCGGACGCACCUCCUUCGGACUUCUUUUCGAUAGAGAACUCGAUGGAGAACCUCAUGCCUUCUCAGCUCGAACGGCUCCUACUAGAUAAAGAUUUAGGUGUGGCUUGUGUUGUGGUUGAUCUGUUGGCUUCGUGGGCUAUAAGAGUGGCUGAUCAGUGUGGAGUUCCCGUCGCCGGAUUCUGGCCGGUGAUGUUUGCUGCUUACCGUUUGAUCCAAACCAUACCGGAGCUAGUACGGACAGGCAUAGUUUCCCGAAAAGGUUGUCCUCGUCAACCAGAGAAGCCACUAGUCCUGCCGGAGCAACCAGUACUUCUAUCUGCAGAAGAUCUACCAUGGCUCAUCGGAACUCCCAAAGCUCAAAAAAGACGAUUCAAAUUCUGGCAAAGAACACUAGAAAGAACAAAAGGUCUUCGCUGGAUCUUGGUAAACUCAUUCAAAGACGAAUAUGAUGGUUUCAACUAUCAAAAAACACCUUACAAGUUGUUUAAAGAUUUCCACAAAGAAAACAAUUGUCAAACUCCUCAAAUUUUACAAGUCGGUCCUUUGCAUUAUUACCAAGCAGAAACAAGUAAUAUAGCUAUAACGAAGACUAGUUUAUGGGAAGCGGACAUAUCUUGUAUUGGUUGGCUUCAAGAACAAAACCCGAACUCAGUCAUUUAUAUCUCAUUUGGGAGUUGGGUUUCUCCGAUAGGAGAAUCAAAUAUUAGAAUGUUGGCAUUGGCACUGGAAGCGUCAGGUAGACCAUUCCUUUGGGCGCUAAACCGAGUGUGGCAAGAAGGUCUUCCACCAGGGUUUGUGCAUAGAGUCACCAUUGCCAAGAACCAAGGAAGGAUCGUCUCUUGGGCUCCGCAGCUUGAAGUUCUUAGAAACGACUCUGUGGGGUGUUACGUGACUCAUUGUGGCUGGAACUCGACCAUGGAGGCGGUGGCAAGUUCUCGGAGGCUACUAUGUUAUCCGGUGGCCGGAGACCAGUUUGUAAACUGUAAAUACAUCGUGGACGUGUGGAAGAUUGGGAUGAGGAUGAGCGGGUUUGGUGAGAAAGAGGUUGAAGAUGGGCUAAGGAAAGUAAUGGAGGAUCAAGACAUGGGUGAGAGAUUGAAGAAGUUGAAAGACAAAGCAAUGGGGAAUGAAGCUCGUUUGUCUUCGGAAAGGAACUUCAUUCUUUUUAAAGAUGAGAUCAAAUAGACGUGA